GAGCACCUGUACAACAGAACCAAGCUAAUCAAGGUCCUGCACCAGCUGACAUGCAGCGAGCCUAUGCUGCUUUAGGUUUACAGUACAUUGCAGGAGGAAACAACAAUAAUGGCAACACCCAAGUUAUGCAACAGAGACUUGGACAGGCUCAAGGGAUUGGAGAAAUGCAGAACUUGAAUUACAUGUCUGUAACAUCUCGACAGAAUCAGCUGCAGCCUCUUGCUGCUGCACCUUCCAGCCAAGGAUCUCAGUCACAAGAGCUCAUCAGCACAACUGAUGCUUGUCAGAUCAAUUUGAUGGGAAGAAAUCUGAUGUCAGUGGGCUUAUCUGGUGAAAUAUUGAGUCAAAUAUCAUCCGCAGUACAUGCUUCUCCAGCAGAACCUUCUUCAAGAACCAAGACAUGGCAUCAGUCUGUGUCUUCUAAUCUGAGAAAUUGUUUGGUGCAAAAAAAUUGUGCAAACAAUCUUUCCAACUCCUGAUCCAUCUGCCCUCCAGGACAGAAGGAUGGAGAAUCUAGUCACGUAUGCACGGAAAGUGGAAAGAGACAUGUUUGAGGAAGCCAAUAGUAGAGAACAAUAUUACCAAAAACUAGCAGAAAAAAUUUAUAAAAUUCAAAAAGAAUUGGAAGAAAAAAGAGAGAAAAGAAAACAACAACAAGAGCAACAGCUUCGUCAAGUUCAUCAGGUUGGAACAAAUAUGGGAACACCGAGUCCAGUUGGUAGCCCUGGGAGAAUACCAUCAGGAAAUCUAUCACCAUCAUUACUUACUUCUCAGCAGAAGAUGCCCCCACCAAAUAUAACCAUCCCUGGACCAAGGAACGAAUUCUUUUCUAAUGUCGGCAAUAACCAGGUACUUAGCUCAACAGGAGUGAGUAGUAAUCAGUCUCAUUUCCAAAUGUCAAACUCAAGUAUGCAGCCAGUGAUAUCUGUUAGUCCACAACACUCCUAUUUUAAUUAUGUGAGCCACCCAGUAAGUGUCGUGAAUACCGGUCCUGUCUCACUUAGAGGAACUUCCAACUCAGGAUUUCAGGAAGGCUACUCUCGGCUGAAUGAUACUAUGAAAGUAAGGCAGAUUAUGAUGGUGCAGUCUCAGCAACAAGGAAACCAGUUGAUUGGACAGCCUGGUGAAGUUCAAAUGACAUCAACAGUUUACAGCAAUAUUAACUCUCCAGCCAGUAGGAUUCAUAUGCAAGAACAACCACAAAAUAGUCAAGUAUCAGGAAAUCAUCUUUCAAGUUUAUCACCUCAGAUGAUCCCCUCAUCUCCUUCUUAUAUUCAAACUUUUCCCCAGUCAUAUACCCCUCAACCCCAGUCAAACCAAACUCCUAUCCAGCAACCUCCAAGAGCAGCCUCAGUACCAGGAACAACUAGAAACACUCCUACUCCCAACAAUUUCCAGCAAGAGCUUCAUGAAAGUUGGCAAAAGAAACAACAAUCGCAGCAAAUGAGCUCACCUUUUUCUGAAGUUUCAACUUCUCAAGGAUUAUCUAUUACUAGUAACUCUGAAGGAGUAGCUUCUCAAAAGGAUAUAAUGUGUACUUUAGCUUAUUCUAGUAACAAAAUACAAAAUCCAGUAUCUGAAACGUACACUCCCUCCGUUACCAGUGCCCCAUCCUCAGGAGUUGAAGUAACUGCUUCCAUUGGGAAGACUCCUUUUACUGCUACUACAGAGAUAAAAAUGGAAAUAGACACUUUUGAAAUUAAAGAAGAGAGUAAAACAGAAGUAAAAAUGGAAGUUCAUACUCCAAAAUAUGAGAGUGAAGUGAAAGUAGAAGUAAAACCUGAAACUGUCGAUGAUAGCAAUACUUCAGGAUAUGUUAGUUCAGAGUGUUCUGCAACUGUUAAAGAAGAACCAUCAACUCCAGUGUCCAGUGGAGAACAACCAGAUACUUCAAACGAUGAUCCAGAAACAUACCAGCCACCUCCCAAACCAAAACCCAACAAAAAAGUUUUUAUGCCUGAUGAAUUACGUCAAGCAUUGAUGCCUACGCUAGAAAAGUUGUACAAACAGGAUCCUGAAUCCUUACCAUUUAGACAGCCUGUGGAUCCACAUCUUCUGCAAAUUCCAGAUUACUUGGACAUCAUUCAGAAACCAAUGGAUUUAUCUACUAUUAAACGGAAACUAGAUACUGGACAGUAUCAAGAUCCCUGGCAGUAUGUGGACGAUAUAUGGCUCAUGUUUGAUAAUGCCUGGUUGUACAAUAGAAAAACUUCCCGUGUUUAUCGAUACUGUAACAAGCUGGCAGAAGUUUUUGAACAAGAGAUAGACCCAGUGAUGCAAUCUCUUGGUUACUGUUGCGGGAGGAAGUACAUCUUUCAACCUCAAGUUCUGUGUUGUUACGGCAAACAGCUUUGUACUAUACCUAGAGAUAUGAAAUAUUGGAGUUACCAAAACAGGUAUACCUAUUGUCAACGAUGUUUUAGUGAAAUUAAAGGGGAUUCUGUAGUACUUGGUGAUGAUCCAACAGCACCCCAGACUACAAUUCCUAAGGAUCAAUUUGAAGAAAAGAAAAAUAAUCAUUUAGAAAUGGAACCCUUUGUAGACUGUAUGGAUUGUGGAAGAAAACUUCAUCAAAUUUGUGUUGUUUACUCUGAAAACAUAUGGCCAGAAGGGUUUGUGUGUGAUAAUUGUCUAAAAGUGCAAGGGAAAAAGAGAAAAGAAAACAAGUACACAAGCAAAAGAUUGCAACAAACAAAGCUUGGAAAUUACAUUGAAAAUCGAGUGAACAAUUACCUGAAGAAAAAAGAAAUUUGUGGGGUUGAAGUUACAAUCAGAGUGGUGGCAAGUGGAGACAAAAUCAUGGACGUAAAGGCAGGAAUGAGAAGCAGAUACGUAGAAACUGGACAAUUACCAGAACAGUUUCCUUAUCGAACCAAGGCCCUUUUUGCAUUUGAAGAAAUAGAUGGGGUUGAGGUCUGUUUCUUUGGUAUGCACGUCCAGGAGUAUGGGUCUGAAAGUCCCAUGCCAAACACGAGGAGGGUAUACAUAGCUUAUCUGGAUAGUGUACAUUUCUUUCGACCGAAACAGUUCAGGACAGCAGUUUACCAUGAGAUUCUUCUGGGAUACUUGGACUAUGUAAAGCAGUUAGGGUAUACUAUGGCACAUAUCUGGGCAUGCCCACCCAGUGAAGGAGAUGACUACAUCUUUCACUGCCAUCCGCCAGAACAAAAAAUUCCCAAACCAAAGAGAUUACAGGAGUGGUAUAGAAAGAUGCUAGACAAAGCAAUUAUUGAAAGAGUGGUUCUUGAUUACAAGGAUAUCUUGAAACAGGCCACUGAGGAUAAUAUAAAAAGUGUAGCAGAACUUCCUUAUUUUGAAGGAGACUUUUGGCCUAAUGUCAUGGAAGACUGCAUCAAGGAGCUGGAACAAGAAGAAGAAGAUAAACGGAAAGCUGCUGAGGCAUCAGUAGCAUCUGGUGGAGAUGAUGAAGGAGAGGCUGAGGGUGCUCAGGAUCAAGGGAAAAAAAAGGGGCAAAAGAGUGGACGAAACAAGAAAAUCAGCAAGAACAAAAACACACAGAGGAAGAGCAACAAAAAGUCAAAUGUUCCAAACACAGGAAAUGAUCUGUCUGCUAAAAUUUAUGCCACAAUGGAAAAACACAAAGAGGUAUUCUUUGUAAUUCGUCUUCAUUCGGCUCAGGCAGCUGCCAGCUUGGCUCCUAUUCAAGAUCCCGACCCUCCUAUUAACUGUGACUUGAUGGAUGGAAGGGAUGCCUUUCUGACAUCGGCACGAGAAAAGCAUCAUGAAUUCUCAUCAUUACGACGUGCAAAGUACUCAACUAUGGCCAUGUUGUAUGAGUUACACAAUCAAGGGCAAGAUCGAUUUGUAUACACGUGUAACAGAUGUAAAGCUAAUGUGGAGACCAGAUUCCACUGCACAGUGUGUGAUGACUUUGAUCUAUGUGUACUGUGUUACAAAAAAGAAAAUCAUGUGCACAAGAUGGAAAAGCUUGGUUUUGACUUGGAUGAUGGCUCUGCUGCUUCAGAUCAGAAACGGGCCAAUCCCCAAGAAUCACGUUGGCUGUCCAUCCAGAGAUGCAUCCAAUCGCUUCUUCAUGCUUGUCAAUGUCGAGAUGCCAACUGUAGACUGGCAAGCUGUCAAAAGAUGAAACGUAUUGUCCAGCACUCCAAAAGCUGCAAGCGUAAGAAUGGUGGCUGUCCUGUCUGCAAACAGCUUAUUACACUGUGUUAUUACCAUGCUAGACAUUGUCAGGAAGAAAAGUGCUUGGUACCGUUCUGUCUAAACAUCAAACACAAACUUCGCCAACAACAACUCCAACAGAGAGUACAGCAAGCUCAAAUUCUCCGUCGCCGAAUAGCUAGUAUGGCAACCAUGCAGAACCAACAAGUGGCUGGGCAGGAUUCCCAGUCUAAUUCAAUGUCUAGUGAGCCGUCUUCAUCAGAAGCCUCAGCAGUGAUCCAUGUUGGACCUACAACAACAGGUCCUCCAGCGGGUGCUCUCCAAGCUGUCCAAGCAGUACAAGCUGCAGCAGCAAGGCAGCAAGCUCCUCACCUAGUUGGUGCUUACCAGAAGGGAAGCCCUGCGAGUCCAUCUCCAACUAAUGGAAAUACUUUAAUGGCCACUGCAUGGACACAGCCUCACACAGUACAGAUGGUCCAAAGCACGGGCGACAGACUGGUUGGAUUGAACAGCCCCAACCGAUGGGACGGACCACAACCAAACUUUGUCCAACAAGCUUCACCACAGCAGACUCAGAUGACUGAGCAGCAGUUGGGUAUAAGACAGCCAGCACAGAUGAUGGGUCCAGCACCUAGAAACCCAGCAGUUACUAUGGGUCCCCCACCUGUAGGGCCAGGCAUGCAGCGUGCAGUUCAGUUGCCUCAAGGUCUGCCUCAGUUGCUACAGAUGUUACACUUACCUGCAUCCCCUCAGCAACAUCAAAAAGUAUUGCAGAUGUUAAAGUCAAACCCUCAGCUCAUGGCUUAUUUCAUUAAACAUAGGAAUGCACAGCAGCAGCAGCAAAUGGUGGUCUCAACCCAAACUAAUAUGGGGAGUGCUUUACAGCCAGGGAUUUCUGGGCAGCUAUCCCCUCAGCAACAGCAACAAAUGAUGAUUUCAAACCAAUCUAGUAUGGGAAGUGCUGUACAAUCAGGAAUUCCUGGGCAGUUAUCACCUCGGCAACAGCAGCAAAUGAUGAUUUCAACCCAAGCUGAUAUUGGCAGUGCUGCACAGCCAGGAAUUUCUAGACAGCUGUCACCCCAACAACAGCAGCAACAUAUGAUGAUGUCAACCCAAGCUAGUAUGGGGAGUGGUUCUCAGCCAGGUAUUUCUGGGCAGUUAUCACCACAGCAGCAACAGCAUAUGAUGGUCUCAACUCAAACUAAUCUUGGGAGUGCUGCACAGCCAGGAAUUUCUAGACAGCUGUCACCCAACAACAGCAGCAGCAACAUAUGAUGAUGUCAACCCAAGCUAGUAUGGGGAGUGGUUCUCAGCCAGGGAUUCCUGGGCAGGUAUCAUCUCAACAGCAGCAACAAAUGGUAGUCUCAAACCAAGCUAAUAUGGGAAACGAUGUUCAGCCAGGAAUUCCUGUACAAUUACCAUCUCAACAGCAGCAACAGUGGUUGCAAAAACAGCACUUGUUAGCAAUGCAACGGCAACAGCCCCCACUGUAUACCCCACGAUCACGUCCACCUAAUUCCAUGAACUAUAAUCCCCACCAACAAAAUUUUCACACUGAUGGUGGGGGCCAGUAUCCACUUUAUCAACAGCAGCAGCUCUUAUUGCAGUCUCAACAAUUGAAACAGCAAAUUGUAUCCCCUAAUCACCCACCCAUGAGUCCUCAACAAAGCCUGAUGGGACAUCCUCAGGCAGUGGCACCUGUGGCUUCACCUCAACAGUUGCUACGCUCUCCCCCAUCUGUAAGAUCACCACAGCCCAUUCCAUCUCCUCACCAGCAGCAUGCUUUGUCUCCUCAUCACUCUUCACAGACCCAUUCUCCUCGCCCAACUCUCAAUGUGGCUGUGAGUGCUUCCCACGCAUAUGGAGUUCCAGAUCAGAUAAUAUCCACGAACGAUAUGAUGCUCACCCAACUAUCGAGUGCCAGCUCGUCCCAUUCCAGCAUGGUGAGCCAGAACACUGGGAACCCAGAACCAAGCCUCUCUAGAGAUGAGCUAACUCCUCAGGAGCAGCUGAAUAGGUUUGUUGAAAACUUGUAACCCUCGAUAUAGAAUAAACAAGAACUUAUUGUGGACUAGCCAUGACUGUGAAUAUUUUCUGACAGAGAAUGACUUGAAUUUGCAGUUUUUAAUAUUUUGUACUUCAAAAAAAAA